AUGGCGGGACGGUUCAGAUAUCUGAGCUCCAAGCUAUCAUUUGGCACAAACUCAUCACCUCCAUGCACCCAUGUUGCCUUGAAUAUCACACGCAGCAGUUCAUUACCUACACCCAUGGAAUUAGCAAAUAGUAGCGCUCAAUCUGAUGGUCCAUCAUUAUCCCCGAUUUGA